CCAAAUGGCGUUCGAAAAGCCACACCCCGAUACUGAUAUACUGCUUGAGAGCUGCACUAGAGCUCUUGGUAGCCUAUAGGCUGGCAGAUCAAUACCACCCUCCCCGACAAGAUUUCCCAACCUCGCAUGAUUACAAACCUUUUCUUGCAAGAUUGACUACACUGCCAUCCUCGCAUGAGAUUCAAGAAAGUGUUGAAUGACAAAAUUAUAGGCGAAGUCAUUAUUUUGACAAGAAACUACCUUACAGGAAGGAAACUCUUAUUCGGCUCUAAUCAGUCAACAGGUGUAGCGACUACCUCAGCGCGAAGGGGCGACCACGUAUGUACCUUGAUUGGCUGUCGAACGCCUAUAACAUUGCGCCCAGUCGACGCCAACAGCUUCCAGUUCGCGGGCGCAUGCUGUAUAGAUGGCGUAUCUCACGGGGAAGCAAUCAUCGACCCCUUUUCGGAUAAUAUUCACCCAGUCCGUGUGGGCUCUCAAAUUGGUGACCGUUGGGGAUAUAAGGAUGAGAACAGCGGCAAAACCAGUUAGCCAGACCCGCGCCUAGAGAAACUGGGCAUAGAUCUUGAGGGGUUUCGUGAAGAACUCUCUGAGGGUCUAUCUGCGAUGUGCAUAGUUGAAGCCGAUG